AUGCAAGAGGUCUUGAAGCGGCAACGCCGGGACAAGGAUCACGAGGAGCCGGUGGUCAUCGAAUCUGAGGAGGAAGCCGCGGCAACGUCGUCGAGGCCGCGUGAGCCCCUCACUCCGAAGACACAUUCUCGGCCGGCUUCGAAAAUGGCAUCUCCCAUGCCCGAUGCAUCUUCGCCAGAGGAGCCUACCCCGAAGCGCUCGAGAAUCACUACGAAGACCAGCAAGAAGACUGUCGAGCAGAUCUACCAGAAGAAAACGCAGCUGGAACACAUCCUCCUACGGCCUGACAGCUAUGUGGGCUCUGUCGAGCGGCAGCAGCUCGAGCUGUGGACUCUUCCUGGAGGGAGCAGCAGCAGUGACACUGCUCCCAGGAUGGUGCGGAGGAAGGUGGACUACGUGCCGGCUCUCUACAAGAUUUUCGAUGAGAUUCUCGUGAAUGCUGCGGACAACUUGAUUCGGGAUCCAUCCAUGAACACCAUCAAGGUUGACAUCAACAAGAAACAGUCUCGCAUCUCGAUCUGGAACAAUGGCAGGGGACUUCCAGUUCAGGUGCACAAGGAACACCGUUGCUAUGUGCCGACAUUAGUUUUCGGCCACCUGCUGACCAGUGACAACUACGACGACAGUGAGAAGAAAGUCGUUGGUGGUCGGAAUGGCUAUGGAGCCAAGCUGACCAACAUCUAUUCCAAGAGGUUCAUCGUCGAGACUGCUGAUUCCGGAAGCCGCAGCAAGUAUCGGCAGCAAUGGGGCAAUAACAUGAGGCAGGCGGACGAACCAGAGAUCGUACCGUACAAGGGGAAGGACUUCACAGCAGUAACCUUCGAGCCGGAUUUGCAGCGGUUCGGCAUGACCCACCUGGAGGACGACAUCUUGGCUUUGAUGGAGCGACGUGCGUACGACGUCGCUGCUUCGACGCGAGGACGCUGUGAGGUCUUCCUGAACGGGCAGUGUUUGGAGGUGGAUUCCUUCGAGGAUUACGUCAGUCUCUUCCUAGACCCCGAUGAUUUCCGAAUCAGCGAGGUCUGCAACGACAGAUGGGAGGUGGCGAUUGCCUUGACAGACGGCAGCGGCUUCCGGCAAGUCAGCUUCGUAAACUCCAUCUGCACCAGUCGAGGAGGCACGCACGUGAACUGCGUGGCGGAGCAGGUGGUUGCCGCAGUGAUGGAGGAGGUGGCCAAGGAGAAAGGGGCCAAGGGAACUCUGGCCGUGAAGCCACAGCACGUGAAGAAUCAUUUGUGGGUCUUCGUGAACUGCCUCAUUGAAAACCCGGCUUUUGAUUCGCAGACGAAGGAGACGUUGACCACGAAGAAGGAGCGCUUCGGCUCAACGUGUGAGCUGUCUGAGGAUGUCCUUCAGGCUGUGUGCAGCAGCGGCAUUGUCGAGACAUUGCUGGAAUGGUCCAAAGCCUUGGGCAAAAGUGAGUUGGCACGGCAUCUCAACAAGAGCGUCAUGCCAGCUUUGGUCUUGGGGAACGAUGGCUGGGCAUCGUUGAAGGGCAGGUGGAGCAGCUCUUGGCUGCAUCCACGGGUAAUGCAGGGCGGUGGCAAUAAUGCCAACAACAUCCGGAUGGGUGUACCCAACAUGAUGAUGGGCAUGGGCCAAGGCAUGCGAAUGCCCAUGGGAAUGCCCAUGAUGGGCAUGCCCAUGAUGGGCAUGAUGGGCAUGCCCAUGAAUCCCAUGAUGGCCAUGCCGAUGAACCCCAUGAUGGGCAUGGGCAUGAACGCCGGCAUGGGCAUGAACCCCGGUAUGCCAGGCGCCCAGUCGCCGUCGCCGUCCGGACAAGGAGCCGACCGCAGUGCUGGGGUGAGUCCUGCAGCUAGCACGGCUGUGGUGCCGCCAAAGGUCGACACUCAGCCCAUACCAGAGUCUAAAGUCCUUCCACCGGGGCUCCCACCGGGGCUCCCGCCGGGGCUCCCGCCGGGUGUCGUGCACCGCGAGCGAAGCCGCAGUCGAGACGCCGUGCGGGUACCACCGAAGGCUGAGAUGGAGCCCGAGCCAGUUCGGGAGCCUACGCCUCCUCGAGAGAAGACGCCUCCCAGAUGUCAUCUUCACAACACCAAGAAGCCCAACACAAAAUGCAAGUUCUGCCAGAGGUGGCUGGCAAGUCAAAGCCAGGCCCAGCCCGAAUCUGACAAG